CAAAACUGUAUUCGAGGAUCCCGUGAUAUGCAAAGACGGGCACUCAUUCUGCAAAGAAUGUAUUGACCAGAGGUUGAAGGAGAACAAAAAAUGUCCAGUGGAUGGUAGAAUGAUAGAUAACCAGACCUUUUCACGUAAUUUUGUCCUCUGUGGUAUCCUGGAGAAACUAGAUGUAUUUUGUCAAAGACCACACGAAUCAAAAGGUGAAAAAGAUGUUCAACAAACUUGUGAAUGGAUUGGGAAACUACAUUCACUCGCCAAACACAGAGAAACUUGUCCUUUCCAACAAGUACAGUGUCCUAAUGUGAAMUGCAACUCCAUGCUGCAGAGAAGAGAAUUGGCUAACCAUGAGAAAGUGUGCCGGUUUAAAAACGUUUUAUGCGAGGAAUGUCAACUUGGUAUGGUUCUACACCAAGUCGAGAAACACAAAGAGGACGAUUGUCCAGAAACACUGAUUCUUUGCCCUAACGAAUGUACUGACCCACAAGGAAUGACUGUAAAGAUUAAGAG